AUGCGGGUACGAACCAAGGCAAAAGAUUUGGCGGCGAGACAUCGCCAUAGAGUAGCAAACGAAAAUAAAGAAAACUUGUCCGCACUAUUAUCAGUCGUAGCGGUAAGGACCGACACACGACUAGCGGAAGAAGACACCAGACACCAGAACAGGAUGAAACAUCUAUCAAUGAUCCAAUGGGUAACGGAAGUAAACACAAAAAUGUUCCCGAACCAUACACAAACACCAGGACAGUCACACUCCGUCAACAAACAGACAGGGAUUAAUACAGGAUGGCUACACCACCCGGGCACUAAUCCGGGGGGGGAGUUGUAA